CAGUAGUGUAGAUUCACAUGUUUUUCUAAGCCUGAAUGCAAUUUUUCUGUGAAACUGAAACCUCACAUGCACUUUCAGAUUGCACAAUGUUUUAGAUGCUAAAAAGCCUUCAGGGGUGCAUUAAUAUUAGCAUUAUGGCCACUAAUGAUACGCCGAUAAUUAUUUUCAGAUUAUGGACAGUAGCUGAUGAAUUCAUAUCUGUAGUUUCUACAUUGUGCCAUAUUUGUCUAAAUUAAAUUAAAAUGAAACACUAAAAGCUCAAUUCCAUCAUAUGAAAUGCUACAAAUGAAUUUAGGCUUCACAGCAAAUAAUACAGUAUAAUAGUAAUACAAUGGAUAUUCAUUUAGAUAUUUGCUAAAGAUUACAUGAAACAGUAUUAUUAAAUGAUUUGUUUUAAAAUAUUAAUUUUAAGUUAGUGUUAAUUUAAAUGUUAAAAUAAAGUGAGCAUGAACAAUUAAAUAUCCAACAAUGCCUUAAAUCCAAAAAUAUCAGUGUGGAACUGAUAUAUUCUGCACCUCUGAAAGCAACUGAACAUGCAAGAUGUAGCAUGAGAUUUGAGAGCUGAAGAGAAGAGGCACAUUUUCCAUAAUUAAGGACCUAAAUUUCAGCCUGUGUAGUAUGCCUUGAAAUCUAGCAAAUGAGGCACAUGGACUCCUUUUAUGGUUCUUUUAUAAGUGUUCAUUGGUCGUUGUGAGCUUUCGUAGUACUGCAUAAACAUUUCUUCUUCCAUGCUUGGCUGAAAACGCCAUAUGGGUUUGGAACAACACAGAGAAAGUGAAAAAAUAAGUUUGUACACACUUUAUUCUAAGGUCCAGUUCUCACUUACAGUAUAAAUAAAUAUUAACUAUGACUUUUGCCUCAAUAAACUCCUAAUUACUGCUCAUUAAUAGUUAGUAAGGUAGUUAAGGAAGAAUAUGGUCAUGUGUAAUAAUAAGACAUUAUUAUGUGCUAUAUAAGUACUAAUAAGUACUAAUAAACAGCCAAUAUGCUAUCAAUAUGCAUGCAAAAAAAAAGCAACUAGUAAAUAGUGAGAAUAGGAAUUAUAUUCAAUGUUAGCCUGACAUUAUUUUCGGAGUCUGUGUUUCCCAUUUGUCUGUAUUUCUCAAGAAGUAUAAAGAUUAUCAGAUUGCUGUGUCACAGAUUGCAGGUGUUUUUUCAUGCUUUCUGUUUCAUCCCAAAGAGUUUCUUCCCGACAGGCUGUCAUUUCUGAGUUCAGCAAUACAGCUGGGAGUACAUGAAGUCUGUGUUCGUAAUCAAACUUACUUAUACGUGGAUGUAACAGACUUGUAGUGUAUUGAGUAGAAUGUGAACUCAGGAAUAAGCACUGCUUGCCACUCUAGAUUAACUCAGGGUUAUAUUUUGGUUGGCCAGUCAAUUGUUCACAAAGAGAAGAAAGAAACAAGUGUUCACAAAGUUGUUCAUUCUAAUACUGCACAGUAAAAAGAAAGGAAGACUUGCCGUCAUUGUCUCGACUCUAAUUUGUGUUAGACAAACACUACAGUUGGCGACGAGGAUAAAAAAAAAAAAAAAAAACUCAGUCUCACGGCGAUGAGGGAUAGAUUCAGCGCAAAAUAGUAAGUAAAUGAAGAAAGAUGGCAGGAUAUAUCGGAAAGAUUGAUCCAUUUGAAAGUGCCACGGAUGAUUGGACUUUGUACUGUGAACGAAUCGAGCAGUAUUUCAAAGCUAAUGACAUUGAUGAUGAAAAACGGGUGUCAGUGCUGUUGAGUGCGAUAGGAGGGAAAGCUUAUGCUUUGCUGAGAAGCCUCACUGCUCCCAAUAAGCCUGCUGAUCUUAGUUUCGACAACAUUGUGAAGACAUUGCAAGAGCAUCUAGCGCCAAAACCGCUGCUCAUUGCAGAACGGUUCAGAUUUCAUAAACGGAAUCAGAAUGACGGAGAGUCAAUCGCUGUUUAUGUAGCUGAAUUAAAGAAAUUGUCAGAACACUGUCAGUUUGGGGAUGGAUUAAAUGACGCGCUGAGAGAUCGUCUAGUCUGUGGCAUUUCACAGGAGAGUAUACAGAAGAGAUUGCUCACGGAGGCAGAUCUAACAUUUAAACGUGCAGUUGAAAUUGCUGUCGCCAUGGAAACGGCUGCCAGAGACGCCGUAGAGCUGAGAUCAGGAGUAAAAAUGUCUGUAAACAAGGUGACCACUGCAGUUAAACCUAAAAGAAUAAUGCAAAAAGUUGAACUGUGUUACCGUUGUGACAGGGGUGGACACAAAGCAAAUCAGUGCAGAUUUAAAACUGAAAUUUGCAGAAAAUGCAACAAAGUUGGACACAUACAAAGAGCAUGUCGGUCGGAUGUACCAUAUAUUGAGAAAGAGAGACAGUACAAGGUUCAGCAAAAGAAAAGUAGGAAUGUCCAUAUUGUCGCCCAAAACUCAGAUGAAGAAAGUGACACAGGGUUGGCCAAUUUAGAAAUCUACAGUCUGAAAAGUGACUUAAAACAAGCAAUCUGGCUUACACCUCAAGUGAAUGGACAGAAAAUCAGGAUGGAACUGGAUACAGGCUCCGCUGUAUCAGUAAUGUCACAGUACGAGUUUGAAAAAUAUUUCAAAACGACUAAAUUAAAGCCAUCGCCUGUUAAUCUGAAAACAUAUACUGGUGAGCCCAUAAUCCCUCUAGGGGUGAUGCCCGUGACUGUGAAGUACAAUGAUCAACAGAGUGAAUUAGAUCUGUACAUAGUACGUACAGAGGGACCAGCACUUUGGGGACGUGACUGGUUGAGGAAAUUGCAGCUGGACUGGAAAUCCAUAAAAAGUCUGCAAAUCACAGUUCCUACAUCGACGUGCACUCAAUUGAAACUGGAAAAAGUGCUGGAUGGGGCUGUAGCUGUGUUUCAGUCUGGAAUAGGAACUCUGAAGCAUAUAAAAGGAAAGAUAACCCUGAAUGAGAAUGCAGUUCCCAAGUUUCACAAGGCACGGCCUGUUCCCUAUGCUAUUCGCCAGAAAGUGGAAAAUGAGCUGGAUCGGUUGGAAGCUGAAGGAAUACUUUCAAAGGUUGACUGGAGUCCCUGGGCAACUCCAGUUGUUCCUGUUGCCAAGAAAGAUGGAACUGUUAGACUUUGCGGGGAUUUUAAGGUCUCAAUCAACCCUGAACUGCAGGUAGAACAAUAUCCACUACCAAGAAUAGAGGAUAUUUUUGCUACACUUGCAGGUGGACAGCUCUUCAGUAAAAUAGACUUGGCGGAAGCAUAUUUACAGAUGGAAAUGGAGGAGGACUCAAAAGUGUUCUUGACUAUAAAUACUCUCAAGGGCUUGUAUCGCUAUAACAGGCUUGUUUUUGGCGUCGCCUCAGCACCGGCUUUGUGGCAAAGAGCUAUGGAUCAGGUACUUCAGGGUUGUCCUGGUACCCAAUGCUACCUCGAUGACAUCAUUGUCACAGGUGAUAGUGAAAGUAGUCACUUGGAGAAUUUAGCUCGGGUUUUAAAGAAAUUGGAAGAGUAUGGACUGCAUGCAAGACGGGACAAGUGUGAGUUUUUCAAGAAAACCAUCACGUAUUGUGGACACAAAAUUGAUGUGAAUGGUCUGCACAAGUGUCAAGACAAGCUAAGGGCUGUUGCAGAGGCUCCAGAACCGCAAGAUGUCUCACAAUUGAGAUCUUUCCUUGGAUUUGUCAAUUACUACAACAGGUUUUUGCCAAAUCUGGCGACUGUUCUCCAUCCUCUAAAUGCCCUGUUGCAAACAGGAAAGAAAUGGAUGUGGACAAAGCAAUGUAGGCAAGCUUUUCAGGAAGCAAAGAAACUAGUGAUGUCAGAUACAGUUCUGACUCACUAUGACCCAGGCAAGCCACUAAAGUUGGCAUGCGACGCCUCACCAUACGGCAUUGGGGCGGUGCUAUCGCAUGUGAUGGGUGAUGGAACGGAGCGCCCCAUAGCUUUCGCAUCACGCUCCCUCAGUGCGGCAGAGAAGAACUAUGCGCAGAUUGAUAGGGAAGCUUUGAGCCUGGUAUGGGGUGUAAAACGAUUCAAUCAAUAUCUGUAUGGAAACAACUUUACCUUGGUUACAGACCAUCAGCCGUUGGUUUCCAUCUUCAGUCCUCAGAAAGGGGUUCCACUGACAGCAGCAGCACGGAUGCAAAGGUGGGCAUUGUUUCUUGGAGGACAUAGAUACCAGAUUGAAUUCAAAAGAACACACAGACACGCUAAUGCUGAUGGACUAUCACGUCUACCAUUGGAUGGGUGUGAUUCAAAGACAGAGAACGUAAGCACACCUUUGGACGUUUUUACAAUUGCUCAGCUUGAGAGUUCUCCUGUUACUGACGAAAUGAUUCGGAGAGAAACAAGGAGAGAUCCUGGAUUGUCUCAGGUAUAUUCAGCUGUACAGUCUGGCUGGAAUGCAGAGCAGAAAAUUCGUUUCACACACUUUUAUCAGCGCCGUGAUGAACUGACUCUGGAUGGUGGUUGCAUCAUGUGGGGAUUAAGAGUUGUUGUACCUCCUAAGUUGCGAACUCAAGUGUUGGAGGAGCUGCAUGUUGGGCAUCUAGGAGUGGUAAAGAUGAAGUCACUUGCUAGGAGUUUCGUAUGGUGGCCUGGAAUAGACCAGCAGAUCGAGCAGCUCGCUAUGCAUUGUACAGGAUGUCAACAUGUGCAAAAGAUGCCGAAGACUGCACCACUACAUCCUUGGGAGUGGCCUGCCUUACCAUGGCAAAGGAUUCAUGUUGACUUUGCGGGUCCUUUCAUGGGCACCACAUUCUUGGUUGUGGUCGAUGCGUGUUCAAAGUGGCCAGAAGUGUUCAGUAUGACCUCCACAACCGCCGGCCAAACUGUGACUGUUCUGAGAGAGCUUUUUGCAAGGACUGGUGUACCAGAACAGCUGGUGAGUGACAAUGGUCCCCAGUUUAUAUCUGAGGAGUUCCAGAUCUUCUUAAAGAACAAUGGAAUCAAACAUGUGACCUCAGCGCCCUACCACCCAGCUACAAAUGGCUUAGCUGAGAGAUUUGUGCAGAGCUUGAAGAAUGCACUACGGGCCAUGACAUGUGAAAAGAUCACACUGAACCAGAAGCUACACAAUUUCUUGUUUGCAUAUCGAAAUGCAACUCAUGUCACCACAAAUCGAACACCUGCCAUGUUGUUCCUUGGUAGACCCUUACGUUCAAGGCUGGAUUUGUUGAAACCUAAUCUGAGGAGGACCAUACAUGACAGACAGAUAAAGCAAUCACAAGGAGGGGAAAAAACAAGAGAGUUGGAAAUUGGAGAGUGUGUGCUUGCUAGGAACUACAGAGGAGAUCACAAAUGGACACCUGCAAAGGUCAAAGAAAGAACAGGACCACUCUCAUAUACAGUUGAGAUUGCACCAGACACUAUCUGGAGACGACACAUUGAUCAGUUGAGAAGAUCCAAUGUUUCUCUGGAAAGUGUUCCUUCGAGUGUUCCAUUCACCACUACCGAUACUGUUUCCAGUGGAAGUGAUACAACAGCACUUCAAGAUGGCACUGUAUCUUCCAGUGACGUGCCACAAGCACUAACUCCAACUUGUGAAGAGAAACGUUACCCUACCCGUGUCCGGAAACCACCAAACCGUCUGGAUUUAUAAUAAGGAACCUGGAGUGGACAUUAUAGUCAUACAGUAGUAUAAGUUUGUUCCUUUUGAAAAAAAAAAAAAAAGUUUUUGUUAAAAGAGAACUAUUGUUUGUUAAGAUUUUCUUAUCUAGGUGGGGAGGAAGUGUAGUGUAUUGAGUAGAAUGUGAACUCAGGAAUAAGCACUGCUUGCCACUCUAGAUUAACUCAGGGUUAUAUUUUGGUUGGCCAGUCAAUUGUUCACAAAGAGAAGAAAGAAACAAGUGUUCACAAAGUUGUUCAUUCUAAUACUGCACAGUAAAAAGAAAGGAAGACUUGC